AUGCGUCUCCUCGCUCUCCUUCCUCUCCUCGCCAUGGUCCUCGCUCAGGACAGUGCCGACAGCGCCAUCGUCCCCUCGGCCGAGCCCAGCGCCGACACCGCCACCCCAUCUGACGAGGCGACUCCGAUUACUGAGCCUACUGGCGAUGUGACUUCCGACGAGACCGACACGGCCACGGACGUCCCCGGGGUCUCUUCGGCCGUGACUUCCCCUGUUGUCACGGGUCCCGCCGCGCCCGCCACCACUACCGCCGUCGUCGUGCCCGUCACCACCGGCGCCCCGGUCCCCGCGUCGGUCCCGACCAGCUCGCGCUUGUCGAGCUCGGCCGCCAAGUCGUCGAGCAGCGUCCGCUCCUCGGCAUCGGCCACCCCGAGCGCCAAGAGCGGCGCUGAGCGUGCCGGCACCGCUGUUGGCGCUAUCGUCGCCGGCGUUGUUGGUGCUAUGCUUGUCUAA